AUGGCGACUUCAAGUUCUACUGGACAUUUAUUGUAUGGACCCGAAGACCCGUCCGUGUUAAAUAUGCAAAAAAAUCACAUUUCAAAUAAACUGAUGAAAGGGGGAACAACCCAAGUAUUUAAAGUCCGAAGGACUGAAAGUAAGACUUGGGACGCCGUGAUUCACGAGAAUGUAAGAUAUUGGCUUGACGUCUUUGGUUUCAAAGGCGUGAUCGAUUGUGGGAAGCCAAUGAAGGUCGACAAUGAGCUGAUCACGGCGUUGAUUGAGCGUUGGAGGCCGGAGACACACACAUUCCAUCUACCGAUCGGUGAGACGACGAUCACCUUGGCGUCGUUUUCACGGGUCGUGACUAUCAUGACAACUUUCCAGAUUGGACCAGCAAGUGCCGCGAUCUGUUGGGAUGAAUACCAGAUUCUUCCACAGAGACAAAGCAAGGCGGUUUGCUGA